ACUCUGUGGUGCCCUGCAUCUGGACAUGCUCUUUCAAACAAAAACAAAAUUAAACAUAUAGCAUGAGCCUGGAUCGAGAAAUCUUGGACAGAAAAUGAGCUAUUUUUGACCCUUGUUUGGUUCAUAUCUCUGUCAAACGUCAUAGUAUCGAGCUGAGAAUUUUACCACAGCCUCCUCACUUCAGCCCCAAUAUAUGCUCCAAAUUUCAGGCCAUUUGAACAUAUCUGGGCUGAGAUCGGUUUUUGAGUGGGGGGGGGGCCUUAAACAAUGAUUAUGAUCAAUAUAAUGAUUCUACAUUUGACAAAGUUUCAUAGAAAAUGUAGAUAAAUGAUCUAAACAUGAAUUUUCAUUUAUUUUUCUCAAAUUUUAUUGAUGUAAAAUUUGACUAAAGUGAUAUAUCAUAUCUAUUUCUAUUAGUUGAUGUUUGGUCUGUUGGUUGCAUAUUUGCUGAAAUGUAUACAAAACGACCAUUAUUUCAAGGUGAUUCAGAAAUUGAUCAACUCUUUCGUAUAUUUCGAACACUUGGUACACCAACAGAUGAAACAUGGCCCGGUGUUGUAUCAUUACCAGAAUUUAAAUCUUCAUUUCCACGAUGGAAACAAAUCAAUGAUUUAUCAUCAUUACUCAAUGAUCGAAUGCGUGAUGAUGCCCUUGAUUUACUUCUUAAAAUGCUUGUCUAUGAUCCAAUAAGACGUAUAUCAGCUAAACAAUGUCUUAAUCAUCCUUAUUUUAAACAUUUUGAUCCACAAAAUUUUCCUAUGCCAGGACCCAUUGUUAUACCUGUUAUCAAAGAAGGACCCAAGUGA